ACGUCAACCUCAACAUGAUGCCCCUCUAUCACGUCGGCGGCAUUGUCCGCAACCUGCUUGCCCCCAUCCUCAGUGGCGGCGCCGUCAUCAUCACCAAGGGCUUUGACCCCGUGGUCUUUUGGGAACUCGUCGACGGCAAGGACACCAGCGUUCGCCCCACAUGGUAUUACGCCGUGCCUACGAUGCACCAUGCCAUUCUGCAAGAGGGCGGCAGCCGCGAUGCGACCAGCUGCGGCAUCCGCAUGAUCGCCAAUGCUGGCGGCGGCCUCCUGCCGUCGCUGGCUGAAGAACUGCGUCGCUUCUUUGCCUGCACGGUGCUACCCUCCUACGGCAUGACCGAGUGCAUGCCCAUCGCCACUCCGCCACAAGGAUAUGCCCUCGAGCGGCCUGGAACAUCUGGCGUCUCCGUCGGUCCCGAGAUUGCCAUCUACGACUCCGAAAGCAACCCGUGCUCGCCGUUUGUCGUCGGCAACAUCAUGGUCCGUGGCGCACCCACCUUCGGCGGAUACGAGAACGACGUCGCCGCCAAUGCCAACUCGUUCACGCGCGACGGCUUCUUCAACACCGGCGACAUGGGCUACCUCGACAACGAUGGCUAUCUGUAUAUCACUGGCCGCUCCAAAGAAGUCAUCAACCGAGGCGGUGAGAUCAUUUCUCCCGUCGAGGUCGAGGACGCCGUGAUCAAGCACCCCAAGGUCCGCGAAACCAUCGCCUUUGUCGUGCCGCAUGAUGUCCUGCAAGAGACCAUCGGUGUGGUCAUAGUCUCGACCAACCCAGCCUCCAGAGUCGACCUGGUGCAGCUGCAGAGCUUCGUCUCCAAGAGCCUCCAUCCCUCAAAGUGGCCUCAGCUCAUCGUCUACAUGGAUGCCCUCCCCAAGAACCAGAACAACAAGCCCCUCCGCAUCAAUCUGGCCAAGCGCUGCGGCAUUCCCGAGCAAACCGACCAGGUGCCGAUGACCCGUCGCCUGUGGGAUGCCGUCUGCCCACCCAAGACAGCGUCCCUUCAAGAGCCGAUUCCGACCACGCCGGUGGUCAUCUCGUACGAAAGCAGCCUCAAGCAUAUUAAGGCCUUCCCCGGCAUCGUCGACGCCGUCUAUGUCAAGACCAGCCCCGAGGACGACGACAUCACCAUGUUUGUGCAGACCUCGCUGAGCAUUGGCGAGCAGGACAUUCGAGAGUCACUCGCCCCGCUGGUUCACUCCUACGAGAUUCCCAAGGACAUUAUCGUCGUCGAUGCGCUCAAGAAGAACCCUGACGGCUCAUUCGACACCGAGGCUCUCCAUGAGAUCAUCCGCAACAAGGGCAUCGACGAGUCCAAGCUCACCGAGGUCGAGCUGGGCAUCUAUGCCAUCUUCAAGGAGGUCCUGCAAGUGGACAAGGUUCCGAGCAUCAACUCUGACUUUUUCGAGCUCGGAGGCGGGUCGCUCAAGGCUGGCCGGGUCGUUGGCUUGAUCAGAAAGCAGUACGACGUCAACAUCCCUGCCAUGGAAAUGUUCCAGCACAGAACCAUCGCCAGCCUUGCUGCAGUGGUCACGGAGAAGCAAGUCCUCCAAAACUCGGCCUCCAACCGAGCUGUCAAGCGAAAGCUGAGCCAGAAGGCGCGAGUCAAGGGCCGCUCGUCGACCAACCUUGGUGCCCUGAUCUUUCAGCUUUUGCCGAUCACAGUGUUCCGCCCUAUGCAAAAAGCCAUCACUUGGCUUGUCUUUGUCAACUGCUUGAUUGUGAUCGACCAUUUCUUCCGUCGCCUGUGGCUUCAUAUCAAACCCAUCACCCGAUCGAUUUUGUUUGUCAGUCCCACUUUGAUGUACGGCUGGGCCGGCGUCGAUCCGAUCUCUCCCGAAGCCAGCUCGAUCUAUGAUGGCGCUGUACCGAUCUUUUCCAGGAACAGCACCACCCCGCCCUCCCCAUCGUUUACUGCUCACGCCGUCAAGGCCACAACUGCCGAUAGUCUGGUACGAGUGACACAGCUUACGGGCGCUAUUCUGGUGGCGCACCUCAUUCUAUGGAUUGUCAUGCCUUUGGUUGCGAUCAUUUUCAAGUGGAUCGUUAUCGGGCGAUACAAAGCCGGAAGCUAUCCGCUGUGGGGACAGUACUACAUCCGCUGGUGGCUUGUCGACCAAGUGCUCCAUCUGACGGGCCGCGGCGUAUAUGGAUCCAGCCCGACCCUCCUCCGGAACUACUACCGUCUCCUUGGAGCCCGGAUCGGACGAAAUGCCACCGUCGACACCGCUACCAACAUUGGCGAGUUUGAUCUGAUUGAUAUCGGCGACAACUGUAUCCUGGAGACUGCGCGAGUCCGUGGCUUCUGCAUGAAGACAGGCAGAAUGGUCCUCGACAAAAUCAUGAUUGGCGACAAUUCGGUACUGAACGUCAAGACGACAGUUGCCCCCGGCCAUGUUGUCUCGCCGGGCACGGUCUUCCCUCCACUCGGCAGCUCCCACGAGCUCAAGGACACCUCGCCUCGCUUCAAAUCCAUCGCCCGGUCGCGCCUUCGCUCGCCGCACUUCCUGACCGUCCUGCUCGUCGGCUGGCCGAUUGUCGUGAUCCUGAACCUGAUCGCCAUGGUGCCGUGGAUGGGAAUGAUCUAUCUCCUGACGCGCGCGCCCUUUGUCACAACAGUCUCGUCGGAGCAGAGUGCCUUUGCCUUCCUCGUCAACUACUUUGCGUCGCCGUACCGCAUCAUUUACCACUUCCUCGCCCUCGCCGCUCGAUCGAUCGUCUCGCCCUUCAUCUAUCUAUUCCUGUGCAUCGCAGUCAAGCGCCUGCUGAUUGGCAAGUUCAAGGCCGGACGACUCAGCAACACCAACUGGGAUGCCUUCCGCCACUGGCUGUGCAAGAAGCUUUUUGCCGACGGCACUCUCUGCGGUGUCUACCAUCUCAUCGGCCGCCACUACGAGCUCACCAGCAUGAUCUACCGCGCUCUCGGCGCCAAGAUCGGCAAGCGCAUCUACUGGCCCGGCACAUCCCUUCACCUCUACGAAUUCGACCUGUUUGAGGUCGGCGACGACGUCGUCUUUGGCUCGCGCACGCAUGUCAUCUGCACCGACAGCGAGGAAUCGGCCCACAUCCGGAUCGGCCCAGGCGCCAUGAUUGCGGACCGAUGCGUGCUCCUGCCUGGCACAACUGUUGGACAGGAGUGUGUCAUGGGAUCGGGAGCGCUCUCCAAGCCCCACACCGAGUAUCCCGCCGGCUCGGUCUGGAUCGGCAGCCGAAACGGAAGUGCCGUGCUGUGGGACCAAGGCGACCCCAACAAGCUCUCGCACGAUACAACCACACCCUUUGGCAAGGCUUUCUACAACCGCAAGGCCACCUUCCAUGUGAUCCCCAUGUGGGCAUGUGUGCUCUACAGCGUCGUCUGGGAGAUCUUCCGGUCGAUGUACUGGGGCCUCUCAAUCAUCGGAGCCAUCUUGGUGGCAGAUCAGUUCUACAUUCAAGAUAUCGACACAAGCCCCAUGCCGCAGGAUGUUGCCGGCUAUCUCAUCAUCAUCGCCUCGGUCAUGGCGAUCUUUAGUGUCCAAGCCUUCGUGGCGCUGUGGAUCGAGGUCGUGACCAAGUGGAUUCUCUUUGGCCGCCGCAAGCCCGGAUCGUACAACUGGGACCAGUCGUCGUACUGCCAGCGCUGGCAGAUCCUGAUCACCGUCAACACCCUGCGCGAGGAGCUCCUGAACUGUCUGCGUGGCUCAUGGUACAUUGUGGCGCACUUCCGAGCCCUGGGCUGCAAGAUCGGCAGCCGGGUGUGUCUCUAUCCGACCGGCGGCGACCCGAUGAUGACCGAGCCGGACCUGGUGCGCAUCGGCGACGAUGUCUGCAUUGACGUUGCCAGUGUUGUCUGCCACAUCAACAGCCGCGGCCAGUUCUCACUCAACCCGCUGGUCAUCGGCGACGGCAGUGUUCUUCGCGCCGAGUCGCGGCUCCUCUCGGGUGCCGAGAUGGAGGAGGACUCGACGCUGCUGGAGCACACCCUCGUGGUCAGCGGCGAGCUGGUCGAGAACGGCUCUGUCUGGCAGGGCUGGCCCGGCGCAAUUGCGUCUCGCCGCCUCUCGAUGGUCGAGGCUCAGGAGUUUGCCCGCAGGAACAGCAUCAAGAGCAUCAAGAGCAUCCAUCAACGCACCGGUUAUGCCUCGGGCACAUUCCAAAAAUACUGA